AUGGGGCUGCGCGCGAGGGGAGCGUUGAGCAGCGCGAGCGCAGGCCAGGGGCACCCGAGGGUCCCGGACCCAGCGGCACCUGCACUGCGUCGCCACGGUGCACACGUGCCUCUGAGCCUGCUAAUUCGGCUGCUGUCGUCUGUGCUGGACCCGGCCAAGGAGCAGAGCCUCGUGGACACGAUCCGGGAGGACCCAGACAGCGUACCCCCCAUUGAUGUCCUCUGGAUCAAAGGGGCCCAGGGUGGUGACUACUUUUACUCCUUUGGGGGCUGCCACCGCUAUGCAGCUUACCAGCCGCUACAGCAAGACACCAUCCCUGCCAAACUUGUUCAGUCCACCCUCUUGGACCCAUGGGUAUACCCUGGGGCAUCCACACCAGACUUGCAGUAGCAGCUUCCUUGGCACCUGUCACCACCUUCAAGAGCCCAGAAAACACAUUUGACCUCCAGCAGGCUGGACAUGUAGGAGUA